AUGCCUGCGAAAUUUGUUCAAGAGCUUUUGUUAGGAAACAAAGACUCACCGAACAUAUGGCGAUUUUUUACUUGUGAAAAUAUGUUUCCUUGUGAUGUGUGUCCCAAAGUAUUUUCGAAAAGAAAAAGACUCACAGUACAUUUGCGUAUCCAUAGCGAAGAAAGGCCAUUUACUUGUCUCGUUUGUGAGAAGUCUUUUAGGGCCAAGCUGACACUUAGACGUCACAUGAUUAUUCAUUCGGGCGAGAGGCCGUAUUCUUGUGAAUUUUGCUCAAAAUCAUUUUAUCGGAAAGCAGAUCGAAAUAUACACUCUAGAAUUCACACGGGCGCAAGACCAUUUUCUUGCACCAUUUGCACGGGCACAUUCCCUACCAGUGCAAGACUUAAAUUACAUCUCAAGAGUCACAGUGAUGAAAGGCCGUAUUCAUGUGAAUUGUGUUCGAGAACGUUCCGCGGAAGUGCAUCUCUUCAGAAACAUUUGAGAACCCAUACAGGAGAGAAACCGUUUUCGUGUGAAGUUUGCUCGAAGAUGUUUACAACACGUACAUAUAUUAAAGAGCAUAUGAGACUCCAUACUGGAGAGAGACCAUAUGCCUGCGAAAUUUGCUCACGAGCUUUUGUUCGGAAACAAAGACUCGAUUCACAUAUGGCGGCAAUCCAUGGACAGACAUAAAUCUGUAUUUCUGUACCAAUUGAUGGAAAGCUUUCAUGACAGAUUUGAACAUAAACAAUUUCUCCUUCAGAAGCGUAAAAACUUGCAAAUUGAACUGUCGGUUUUUAUGAAUUGAAUCUAUUUUCUCUUGUAGCAACUCAUUUUUUAGUAAUGUAAAAAAUUUUCUCAAAAAGAUGCAUACCAAGUAGGGCUGGGUGAUGCAUCAAUGCAUGGCAAAAAUAAAUGUGUACAUCCAACGUCAUUAAACCGAUUUCAAAGUUUUCUCUAAACCAAAGCAUCAAUACCCGCACCUACUACAAAUCCAAGUACCAAGUGUUCCAACACUAGUGCAUUUUUUAAUAAUUUCUUGCUGAUACUGGAAUCUGUUAGUACAGUGGACGCUGAUUAAUUGAAUCAAAUGUUUUAAGGAAUCAAAUUGCCAAAACAGAAUCAAAUCCAGCUUUAUUGAAUCAGCCUCUAAAACUGUUUAAAACAAAUGUGAUUCAUAUUAACAACGGCCACUGUAUCUGGCAGAAUAUAUAAUUUUUAUACCUUGUUUGUCAAGUUAAAGCAAGCAAGUUUAAGUAAAACUUAAAAAUAAAAAAGAAAUCACGAUGCGUAUCACCAUUGCAAUGUUGUAAGAGCAAUGCUAAGAAUUUCCUCAUCGCCCAGCCCUAAUACACUUGGAUGAAUUCAUCCGAGUUUUAGGAAGCCAUGUGUGCAUCAGAAAGCACACAUUCAUACUUCUCAAGAUAUAAAUGCGAACAAAUCUUAAGUAAAUCAGAAUAUUGUAACUGGU